AUAAUAAAUACUAAAAUAAAACUAAAAAUUGAAGUGCUAAAAAAUAAAAAUACACUCCGCUUGAAUAGAUAGUUUUGUUGAAGGAGACUCUUGUGAACCUAAGUUUGAUUCUAGCUGUGAAGAAAAAGGAGGGAAAAUAAUCUGCAAAAAAGCCUCUUGAAGUUUCGCAAACGAGUUUUCAGGAAAAAGGCAACUCGAAAGUUAGGAUUUCUCAUCAAUGGCUGCCUGCAAAUACCCUUAUUUCACCCCUUCAGACACGCGAAGCUCCAUGGGCGUGUUAACAGUUCUUAGCCCACGAGCCAUCCCUUUGAAAAUGGCCGACGAAAAGAACUCUUUCCCUGUCAUCACCCAAAAAUGCAGCCCGAGUCUCCCGAUUUUCAAAUGCUCGGCAAAUUCCCACAGCGUGAACCAAUUCCAGAACAAGGACCCUUUCCUAAACCUGCAUCCAGAGGUCUCGCUACUAAGAGGCGAAACGAACUCCACCAUGAUAAACCCGAGGCAUGACAGCUCGUCCGGCACUGUUACUGAAAACUCGAGGGACUCAACCCCUGUAAGCAAUUACAACGAGGCUAAGAUCAAGGUUGUUGGUGUUGGAGGGGGCGGAUCGAAUGCGGUGAACCGCAUGAUAGAGAGUGCCAUGAAAGGGGUCGAGUUUUGGAUCCUUAACACGGAUGUGCAGGCCAUGAAAAUGUCGCCUGUUCUCCCGGAAAACAGAUUGCAGAUUGGGCAGGAGCUAACGAGGGGACUUGGGGCGGGUGGGAACCCGGAUAUCGGGAUGAAUGCAGCCAAUGAGAGUAAGGAGGCCAUAGCUGAUGCAGUUUAUGGGGCGGAUAUGGUCUUUGUGACUGCUGGAAUGGGUGGGGGAACGGGCACCGGUGCAGCUCCCGUAAUAGCUGGAGUUGCAAAAUCAAUGGGUAUUUUGACUGUUGGUAUAGUUACCAGUCCAUUCUCCUUUGAGGGACGAAGGAGAGCUGUUCAAGCCCAAGAAGGAAUUGCAGCUCUGAGAGAAAAUGUUGACACGUUAAUUGUCAUUCCGAAUGAUAAAUUGCUGACUGCAGUUUCCCCAUCUACACCAGUGACGGAAGCUUUUAAUCUUGCUGAUGAUAUUCUUCGGCAAGGAGUUCGUGGUAUCUCGGACAUAAUCACGAUCCCAGGGCUAGUAAACGUUGAUUUUGCUGAUGUCAGAGCAAUCAUGGCUAAUGCAGGUUCCUCAUUAAUGGGAAUCGGUACUGCCACAGGAAAAACUAGGGCUAGAGAUGCUGCGCUAAAUGCCAUUCAAUCUCCUCUACUCGAUAUUGGUAUAGAGAGAGCCACUGGAAUCGUAUGGAAUAUAACCGGUGGCAGUGAUUUAACGUUGUUUGAGGUUAAUGCUGCAGCAGAGGUCAUAUAUGAUUUAGUGGACCCAACUGCCAACUUAAUAUUUGGUGCAGUUGUAGAUCCAUCAUUAAGUGGUCAAGUCAGUAUAACUCUCAUUGCAACUGGUUUUAAACGUCAAGAAGAAAAUGACAGUAGAGCCCUCCAGGCAAAUCAGUUGGGACAAGGAGAUUCGAGCAUUGGGCUCAACAGAAGGCCCUCGUCCUUUUUGGAAGGCAAUUCUGUUGAAAUUCCCGAGUUCUUGAGGAAAAAAGGACGCUCUCGAUACCCGAGAGCUUAAUUUCGCAUCCUAUAUAGGGCUUGUGGUCUUCAUGAUCUUACCAAUCAUUGUGUGUGUACAGGCAUUUGGUUUUAUAAUAGUAGUGAAACAUAGCUUUGAGGAGGAUAGAUUUUUUAAUAAUUUAUUUGGUAUAGACAUGAUGGAUGUGCGAAAAUCAUGCAAUUUUUUUUUUUAUUUUUUUUUAUUUUU